AUGGCAAGAUCACGCUCGAACAGCUGCAAACUCGUUCUCACUGAUGGGGAUUUUGGGGAUGGGGAUAACGACUUGGAGACCAUCUCUCGCUACGACGCCGCCAACUACGCUCUCGCCAACCGCCCAGCAGACCACCCCUUCUUCGACGUCCGCUCCGCAGCCAAAGCCCGCAGGCGCCACCGCACGCACCUGGACAAGUACUACAGCCACAAAGGCAUCAACGCCGGCCAACUCAACGCACAACACUACUGGCCCGGCAGCGGCCCGCCACCACCCUCCUCCUCAUACUUCAUGAGCUUCUUCAGCACGCCCCUGCCCGAAGCCGCCAUCACCGAGAUGACAAAGGAGCGCCUCUACCACGAAGCCCAGCGGUACCCCAGACCGCCACGACACCAUCGCAGCCCGCGCUACAGGGAGUACUACCCGAUCUCGGUGCACUACAGACGCCACCAGAAAGCACGCAAACGUCACCACGGCGACUUCGCGGCUUUGCACCGCGAAGGUAUUGAUUUGAUGCUGCAGUACUUCAUCUCCGGUGAUCUAGGUCCUCUACUAUGUUCCUGCGGGUAUAGCCGGGAUAACAUGACCAGGAGAUCUCGGAAGCUUAUCUUCUGGGUGGGCGGCAGCAUGUGGAGGUUUCAAGGUCGGCUACCAACCGCUCAUCACCCCCACGACAUUGGGCGCCUGGCUGCAGCAGCCAUGGGCCGGGGCGGAGCCGAGUGA